AUGCCUGGCGAGGGUCCUCCCAGACCGGCUCUCGGGGACUUCGACCCGCCUCCCCCUCCCGCCCCUCCCGCGGCUCGAGGUGGGCAAAAGGCGGCCGAGAGGCUGCGGGGCAGUCCGGGCAGAGGCGAGGGCCGGCGAGUGGGCGGCGCUGCCCGGCGCCCUGGUGCCUCGCCUGCCCGUCCGCGCCGGCUGCCCAGGAUGAGCGCGGGCCAGGCGCCGCAGCCCGCCGGCGCGCCCGACCUGCUGGACGUGGCCGCCGUCUAUGGCGACGCCCGCGGCCUCUUCCCGCCGCCCGCCGGCGGCUACGGCCUGGCCGAGGCGGGCGGCAGCCCUUACCUGUGGCUCAACAGCUCGGCCGUCCCGCCGGCCCCUUACCUGGCCAGCCCCGCCGCCGCCGCCGCCCCCUUCCUGCCCGCCUCGGCGCCCUACGGGGCCGGCGCCCGUCCGCUGCUGAGCGGCCCGUCCGCGGCUCCGGAGCUGGGCUGGCUCUCGCUGGCCGGCCAGCAGGAGUUCCUCAAGCUGGUGCGGCCGCCCUACUCGUACUCGGCGCUGAUCGCCAUGGCCCUGCAGAGCGCGCCGGGCAAGAAGCUGACCCUCAGCCAGAUCUACCAGUACGUGGCCGGCAACUUCCCCUUCUACAAGAGGAGCAAGGCCGGCUGGCAGAACUCCAUCCGCCACAACCUCUCGCUCAACGACUGCUUCAGGAAGGUGGCCCGCCAGGAGGACGACCCCGGUAAAGGCAAUUACUGGACCUUGGAUCCAAACUGUGAGAAGAUGUUUGACAACGGCAAUUUCAGGAGGAAGAGAAAGAGAAGGGCUGAUCCAACUAACAGUUUCGGAGCCUCCAACAAACCUGAGGACAAAAGCAGCAGUUGCAACAGCCAGCAAGCUCUGGAAACUCCCACCUUGAUCAGCUUGGACUCUUCUCAGCUACCAUGUUCACUGAGUUCUGUGAAUGACUGUAAACCCUCCAGCCUGGAUUCCGGCAGUUGUUUCUCUUCCUUCAUCUCAACCAUGAAUGCCACAGCCCAUAGCAGAAAUGGCUUCACCAGGCAGCUGGGGGCUGAAUUUCCACAUGGGAGGCAGAAUGGACACAGCCUGAGUUCUUGCUCUGCCUCUAGCACUUCUGGAUUCGAACUCAGUUCUCAGAACCACUCCAGAGUGAAUUACUAUGCAGGUGCUGGUAGUCAAACAAGUUGGCUUAGUACCCCUGUCCUGAGCACCUUCAGUGUGAACAAUCUGAUAUACAACAAAGAAGGGGCAGAAGUUUAA